CACGAUGGUGGAAAAGCUCGACACACGGAGCUGUGUGUUUUCCCUGCUCUACUCGGUCGGUUCGUUUGCGGUGGCAUGCGCCAGUCUGUCCACGCUCAACCCGAGUGAUCGCAUAUCGGUACAGAAAGGUGCGCUGCUUAUCAGCUUUGGCUUCGUGUACUUUGUCGCACUAACCGAGUUUCUCAACAAACUGCUGCUGAGGACACCGUUCGGGCACAGCUUUGUCAAGCGCUACCGGUUGCGUGUUUCCGAUGUGUUGGACAUAACGAACAAGCUCGUAUCCGCCGUGCAGGCCGCCUUUUCCUGCAUUGCCGGACUGUUUGUGUGCCGCUGGUCGUGUCCGAGAAAUUUUCUGCACGCUUCCCAUUUUUUGUCCGAAUCGUACGCAUGGUUUGCGGCAUCGUACUUUUUCUACGACCUUUGGUCGAUGUACAAAAUCUACGCCGCCGAAGCGGCGAUUAAGUUAAAAGUAAAGCUCGGUUUGCAAUCGGCAGUCGCCGGGGAUAAUAAUAAUGAUGUGGGACGAGCCACCAACGGUGGUUCCAAUGGUGUACUGGCGGAAAAGACACUGCAGGCGCUGGACGACAUUCCUAGCGUGGGACAGGGAACGCUUUCGUUUGUGAAUCCGUGCAAACUGGGCAUUCCUAGCUUUGCCAAAUAUCUGUCAACGCAUCCUUUGAUGGUGUUCCAUCAUCUGUUCAUCGGGUCGUACGGGUUAGUUGUAAUAUCGUACCUUCGCGGCGGCCUAGGAGACUGUGUAUUUAGCUUCAUGUUUAUGAUGGAGCUAUCCACACCGUUCGUAUCAUUCCGUAGCAUUUUGAGCGUGAUGGGAUUGAAACAAUCGAAGCUGUACGUGAUCAAUGGACUGGUGAUGCUGGUCACGUUCUUCUGGUGUCGCGUCUUUUUAAUGCCCUACGUCUGCUACUACUACAGCCAGGUGGUGAACAAACCGUUUUUGGAGGCUGUAUGGAAUCUGCCAUGGGGUUGCAAAGCAAGCAUUUUGGCACUGUUCCUGCCCCAACUCUACUGGUUCCGGUUGAUGGUACGAGGUGCACUGAAGGUCUUUUUCCCAGCGAAAAACAAACGCAACACAAAACAUGCGGCCAAUUCGUGCGCAAAUGAAGUGUCCGCCAAUGGGGAAACUAUGAAAACAUCCCAAUCCAAAGAUAGUGAAGUACGGUCUCUAAUGUAAGUAUAAACAG